AUGACAUUGGAGAAUCUUCCUUUGAUCAUGAAGUUUAAAAUUUCUUCCAAACGAAAGCUUGAUGUAAAUGAAAGCGUCGAGGUCAGGAGCAUGGAGGAAGGCUUUCAGGGAUCAUGGCACCCGGGGAAAGUUGUCCAUUCUGGGAGGCUGCACCGCCAUGUCAAAUAUGAUAACAUAUUACUUGAUGAUGAGGUGAAUUACCUUGUGGAAAAGGUGACUGUUCCGAAGGUAUUGGAUGGCGAUAGCGACUCUUCAAAUUGCAACAUUCGUGGUUGGAUUAGGCCGGUGCCUCCUAAGAGGGAAUUUGAAAGUAGGGAACUUAAAUUUGGUCUGUGUGUUGAUGUGUACUAUGAAGAAGCUUGGUGGGAAGGGGUUAUAUUUGAUCACUGUGAUGAAAAGCCAGAGAGGAGUGUAUAUUUUCCUGAUUUGGGUGAUGAGAUGAAGAUUGGAGUUCAUCAAAUGCGGAUAACUUAUGAUUGGAAUGAGGUUACUGGGGAGUGGCAGUCGAGAGGGAACUGGGUUUUUCUUGAAGUUCUUGAGGAGUAUGAGAGGAAGAUGUUUAUUUCAGUUUCAGUGAAGCAAGUUUGGUAUGAUGUAAGGACCAAAAAGGACUUCGCCAAGAUUAGGGAAUGGAAUUUUAAUGAGAAAGAGUUAUGGAAAAAAAUGGUAAUGGAGGUAGUUGAUGAUUACUUAAGGCUUACACUAGGAGAAGUUUGCUCCUCCUUAGAUCUUCCAAGGAGUUUAUUGAGAGAAACACCGGAGAUGGAGUCUGUUGAAUCUACGGCUAAUGUUCAUUGUGAUGGUACCUCUGAUAAUGCAUUUGGUUCUGAUGAUGGGAUUGCUGAACUCCCUACGGAAGAAGGUGAGUCAUCAAAUUUGUUGAACAUUGUUCAAAAGUGGCCUACCAUUCAGGAUCAAGGGGUCAAAACUGUCCUUCAGAAAGAACCAGUUACUCCUGUUCAAGAGGUCUCAACUCAGUUUAAUGGAAGAAAACAUAGAAAGCUUCGCAGCUCAACUCAACAUUGGGAACCUCUCAAAUUGUCUAAGGUUGAGUUAUGUCCUGAUGUUAUUGAAGAAUAUGCACAGGCACCUAAAAGAGCUUGUCCGGAAAAAGCACGAAAACAUCUUGCGUAUCUUGGAUGGGAAAUUGAGUGGAGAAAGCAUAAAGCAAGCGACACUUGCUAUAGGUACAGAUAUAGGUCGCCUGAUAAACAGGGUGUUUACUACUCUCUCAGUCGGGUUUGUAAGUAUGUGGCACAGAACUCGGACAUGAACCCUUUGCCGUCCCAAAAUGAUCAGAGUAUGAUGCAACUUACAGCUGACAAUCAUCUUGAACCUAUUCUUAUUGAUCAAUCAGAAAAGAGUCAGGAUCUAAAUGAUCAGAGGGCGAUACAACUUAGAGAUGACAAUCAUCUUGCACCUAUUUGUAUUGAUCAAUCAGAAAAGAGUCAUGAUCUAAAUAUUUUGCCACCAGUUGUGUCGUCUCCUGUGGAUGAAGUUGCAGAUGAACCUGAGUUUUGUCCUCAAGCUGUUUUAGAAUAUAGCUUGAAUAGAUCUGCAAUGCGAGGGCCUGACAUGAAAGAGGGUAGGUCCAAAGCAAAGAGGCAUCUAUUGGCUGAAGGAUGGAGCUAUCACUAUGCAAACCCAAGAAAUAAAAGACAAGGGUUUGUGUAUAUCCCUCCAGACAAGGGAAGAAAUCUCCCAACACUCCAUGCAGCUUGCCAUUAUUGUAUUGAACAAAAUGUUGAUAAAUGGACCAAGCUCGGAAUGCAACCUUUGAAUGCACAGGAUAAUGUUGACCAGGUUUGGAGUGCCAAUUUAUUGCAGAAAGCGUCCCAAUGGCUUCGAGAGGAACGCAUGGUACCUCCCACAGAAGUCAUAACUUCAAGUGGAUCAAACCAUAGUCGGAAGCGGAAACUCUUGAACAAUACAAAGCCCAGCUUAUCUAAGCACCAAAGAAAUGGAUUACCUCGACGCGUGCUGCGAUCAAAUAAAAGGGUGCAAAAGGUGUCUACCCCUUCUUUGUCACACCAGAAACCUCAGAAUGUACUCUCUUGGUUGAUAGACAACAACAUUCUGUUGCCAAGGUCUAAGGUUUCUUACAAGCCAAAAGGCAGGCUCUGUUCAGCUGAAGGGAGAAUAAGCAGAGAUGGAAUCAAGUGUAAUUGUUGUUUGAAAGUAUAUAGUCUUGCUGGCUUUGAAAGUCAUGCUAGUGGCUGUAGUACACGCAGACCGGCUGCAAGUAUUAUUUUAGAAGAUGGUAGAUCACUAUUAGAUUGCCUGAUAAAAACGGUGGAAGAUCAUAUGACAAGGGAAACUAUGGCAAAACCACCAAAAUAUUUUCCUAAAGGCGAGAAUGACAAUAUUUGUUCUGUUUGCCACUAUGGUGGGAAUCUAAUUUUAUGCGAUCAAUGUCCAUCUUCAUUUCAUGUGACAUGUCUAGGUGUGGAGAACAUUCCUGAAGAUGACUGGUUUUGCCCAUCAUGUCGAUGUGCAGUUUGUGGCGAAAUAGAAGAAGAGGAGGGAGAUUUCCUUGUUUGCAUUCAGUGUGAACAUAAAUAUCACUUUAAGUGCCUCAGAACUAAAUAUGCAACUAACUCGAGAAGAUAUAGUAAAAACUGGUUCUGCGGAAGGGACUGUGAAAAGAUAUAUAUUGGUCUCCAUAAGCUACUAGGAGAGCCAGUUUCAGUGGGCAUUAACAAUCUAACUUGGACAUUGGUGAAAUAUAUAAACUCUGAGAGUAGUGAUCCGUGUACUACUAAAGGUUACUUAUUGCCAGAAAGUUACAGCAAACUCAAUGUUGCACUCUCAGUGAUGCAUGAAUGUUUUGAGCCCCUAAAGGAUCCUUCGUCUACCAGAGAUCUCAUGGAAGAUGUUUUAUUCAGUCGAUGGUCAACACUUAAUCGAUUGAAUUUCCAUGGUUUCUAUACCGUACUUCUGGAGAGAAAUGAAGAACUGAUAAGUGCAGCAACUGUUAGGGUUUACGGAAAGAAGGUAGCAGAAUUGCCUCUUAUUGGUACCAGAUUACAGUAUCGUCGACAUGGAAUGUGCCGCAUUUUGAUGAAUGAGCUUGAAAAGACGCUCAUGCAGUUGGGAGUGGAGAGGCUCGUUUUGCCUGCUGUUCCUAGUGUUGUAGACACAUGGACUGGUUCUUUUGGCUUUGUAAAGAUGACAGAGUUCGAGAGGUCGCAAUUCUUGGACAAUACUUUUUUAGAUUUUCAGGAUACCAUCAUGUGCCAGAAGCUGCUGAAGAUUCCAUCUCCAGAAUCGGUUUUGUUAAUAGAGUCCCAACGAAGGACACAGCAUGUUUUGCCUGGAAACAAGUUAAAUUUUGAUGCUGAUCUGAUAUCUGAAGUAUUACACCAAGCAGAAGAAACUGACAAGGAAGAGAGAAAGAAUUCACAAAUCCACAAUAAUUGUGCUGGAAGCAAUGAUCAUUGCAGUAAUGGUGCCAUUGACAUUGAGCAAGUCACACCGGUGAAUAAACCAAGUCCUGAGGAUCCACCGAGCUCUAUUGUAACACAAGCUGACAGUAAUAAUGGCUCACCAUACAAGUGCUACUACAAAAGAAGGAAAUACACAAAGUUUUAGAAUUUAACGAGGUGGUUGGGAGUAUUUUCGUUUCAAAGUUAGGGGUACAAAAAUGUAAAUUUAGGUAACUAUGCGCAUUCCUUGCAUGCAUCAUGUUGCAUAAACAUGAGCCUCAUAGGUGCAAAAAAAGCCACUUUUGAAUGGGUUUGGAAAUGUGAAAGUUUGACCAUGUUUCUCUCUAAGGAUGAAUAUAAUUAUUGGGAGUAAAGAAUGUAAAUAUGAA